UAACAAGUGAGAACGACAGUCCUCGCGCUCUGUGAUCUUCACUCUCACACUCUUACACUCCCACAAUCCCUACUUCCCAUUUCACACAUUCAAACCCUUUGCCAUGCCAUCAAUGGCUUACAUUUCUCUCUCUAAACCCUUCCAAUGGCGACCUCGACCCUCGAACCCUCAGACCCUCACGCUCCUCCGCCUCUUCAGCUCAACCGAAGCCGCAACGGGAGCCUCAACCGAAGCCCCAACCAAAACCCCAAACCCGCAAGAUGGAUCAGGGACCCCGACCCAUGUCCCAAAAGCUAGGCAGCAUCGAACUCGAAACCCAGAAAAGAUAGAGGACAUCAUCUGCAGAAUGAUGGCGAAUCGGGUCUGGACGACCCGGUUACAGAACUCGAUCCGGAAUUUGGUACCCGAAUUCGACCACAACCUUGUGUGGAAUGUAUUGCACGGCGCUCGGAGCUGGGAGCAUGCGCUCCAAUUCUUCAGGUGGGUUGAGCGAUCCGGGUUGUUUAAACACGACCGCGAGACCCAUUUGAAGAUCAUUGAGAUUCUGAGCCGAAAUUCGAAGCUCAACCAUGCCCGGUGUAUCCUAUUAGACAUGCCCAAGAAGGGUGUGCAGUUGGACGAGGACCUCUUCAUUGGGCUCAUUGAUGGCUAUGGUAAGUCUGAUAAGGGUUGCAUUAUUCAAGAGUCUGUUAAGUUAUUCAUUAAAAUGAAGGAAUUGGGUGUGGAGAGAAGUCUCAAGUCCUAUGAGGCUCUGUAUAAGGCUAUCUUGCGUUGGGGUCGGAGUAUGAUGGCCAAGAGGUACUUUAAUGCCAUGUUGAGUGAGGGAAUAGAGCCCACUAGGCAUACUUAUAAUGUUAUGAUUUGGGGUUUCCUAAAGAGCCGGAAGUUAGAGACCGCCAAGCGGUUUUUUGAGGAUAUGAAAAGUAGAGGAAUUUCUCCUGAUCUUGUUACUUAUAACACCAUGAUUCAUGGGUACAUUCGGGUUGAUAAGAUGGAUGAGUCUGAGCAGUUGUUUGUAGAGUUGAAGGGGAGGAAUAUAGAACCUAAUGUGAUAAGUUAUACCACCAUGAUUAAAGGGUAUGUUUCUGGUGGGAGAGUUGAUGAUGGUUUGAGGUUGUUUGAGGAGAUGAAGUCUUUUGGUAUUAAGCCGAAUGCUGUCACCUUUUCGACUUUACUGCCGGGGAUUUGUGAUGCAGAGAAAAAGGAUGAAGCUCACAAGAUGUUAAAGGAGAUGGUUGAGAAGUAUAUUGCUCCUAAGGAUAAUUCAAUCUUUGAGAGAUUGUUAUCUUUACAGUGCAAGUCUGGGGAUAUGGAUGCAGCUGCUGAUGUGCUUAAGGCAAUGAUUCGGCUGAGCAUUCCUACUGAGGCUGGUCAUUAUGGUAUCCUGAUUGAAAACUUUUGCAGGGCUGGGGUGCAUGAUCGAGCAGUCAAGUUGCUGGAUAAGCUUAUUGAGAAAGAAAUUAUUUUGAGGCCUCAGAAUUCUAUUGAGUUGGAGCCUAGUGCUUUUAACCCAAUGAUUGAGUAUUUGUGCAACCAUGGGCAGACCGGGAAAGCUGAAACCUUUUUCCGGCAGUUGAUGAAAAAGGGUGUUCAGGAUUCAGUUGCCUUCAAUAAUUUGCUCCGCGGGCAUGCAAAAGAAGGGAAUUCUGAUUCUGCUUUUGAGAUUUUAAGGAUCAUGAAUAGGAGAGGGAUCCCUGGAGAAGCAGAUUCUUACAUUCUGCUCAUUAAGAGCUACCUGAGUAGAGGUGAACCAGCUGAUGCUAAAACUGCUUUGGAUAGUAUGAUUGAAGGUGGGCAUAUUCCAGAGUCAUCGCUGUUCAGGUCAGUGAUAGAGAGUCUAUUUGAAGAUGGGAGGGUUCAAACUGCAAGCCGAGUAAUGAAGAGUAUGGUAGAGAAGGGGGUGAUGGAGAACAUGGAUUUGGUUGCCAAGAUUUUGGAAGCCCUCUUUAUGAGAGGUCAUGUUGAGGAAGCACUGGGACGAAUUGAUCUACUUAUGCAAAGUGGGUGUGCACUUCAGUUUGACAGCCUUCUAUCUGUUCUUGCUGAGAAGGGGAAAACAAUUGCCGCUCUCAAGCUGUUAGAUUUUUGCCUUGAGAGAGAUUGCAGUGUAGAUUUCUCAAGCUAUGAUAAAGUGUUGGAUGCUCUCUUAGCAUCAGGGAAGACUCUUAAUGCAUACUCAAUAUUGUGUAAACUAAUGGAGAAAGGAGGGAUCACCGAUUGGAGUAGCACUGAGGAUUUGAUUAAGAGCCUAAAUCAAGAGGGUAACACAAAACAAGCUGAUAUCCUCUCCAGAAUGAUAAAGGGAGGGGAGAAAAGCAGUCAGGGAAAAAAAGGGAAGAAACAAGCUUCUCUUGCUUCCUAAUUUGCCAUAUCUCCAUAAUUUCUGCAAGCCUUGCAGUAUGGGUUGCGGGACACCCUGAAAAUCACUGGAAGAAGUUUCCCAUUGGUAACAUUGAACUUCUUAAACUCCCUUUUUUCUCCUGGGACGGAUGCUGUGCAUUUAAGAAGAACAGGAGGGACAGUGCUCAGUCAAAGUGAUACUAAGCCGGAUUAGAUAUUAGCAUGUAGAGUAAUUAGGGAGCUUGGUUAUGUGUUCCAGCGACCGUCUAUUUUGCUCUUUUCUCUUAAAAUUUUGGGUUAGUCUAAAUUUUCCCUUUUAUGCCCUCUUUCAUUGUUACUUUGUAGGUUUCAAGUUGAAAGUUUGUCACCAAAUUCAAAUAACACAGGUCCUGUUUAUAAUUCUGCUGUUGUUACUGUAUUCUCAAAAUUGCUGUGCCAUUGUAUUGGGAAGUGAUCUCUGACUUUUUCUCU